CGCAGAAAGCAGAUACAUAAUGUGGUUCUGUUGUCCCGAAGAUUCCUGUGUUCCAGCAAGGUUUCUUCGGCCGUAGCAUCCCAUGAAAACGAGCUGAUAUUGCGUUCUGCAACUUCUUCAACUUCUAUACGGAGCAAGUUGCAAAAUUUGCCCUCUGCACGUUUUUGCAGUUCAUUGCAAGCUGUUCGUGAGUUGGACGAUAGUAUUCCUGUUCAAAUGUCUAGAGAGCAGAAGAUUAAAGUUGAACUUUUAAAGUAUGCAGACAAGAAAGAAUACGACAUAGUUCUAGAUCUACUUUUGCAAUGGGUGCAGAGAGACCUUAUCGGAAUGUUUGCGACGAUGACCAGAGAAGAGUUUGCCUUUAUAGUUAACCAAGUCAUUGUUCAUCAAUACACUUUGCUUCAAAGAUAUGCCAGUAGAAGGUCGUUAUCCAAAGAUGUGAGUGGUAAAUCCAAAGACCCGUUGUUCCUUGAGGCUAUGCACCUAGUUCAGAAAAUCAGACGUUUGUACAGCAAUAUUCUCUAUGUUGAUCCCACGGAACAUAUCUACGGUGUCGACAAGAGAGAAAAUCUUUAUUCUUCGGACAAGUUGACUGGAGUCAAACUUUCUGUAGCUGACUACGAGAAUUUAGUGCUUAUGGAAUUGCAUAACUAUAAGUUCGAUUUGGCAUCCAAGUGGUUCCAGCGUUUUGCUAAGGAAUACGCCUUGAGAAUGUCUUACAAAUUGUACAUAUUAAAGCUCCAAACAUAUUGUGGAGGAUUGCCGUCGUCGUGGCUCCAGAGCAAUGCUGAACUAGCUAGAAUGAACUUUGAUCCCAAACAGAGCAGAUUCAAGUGGGAACAAGAAGUGUCUGCUGUUAUGUCUGAAUUCUACCUGGAGAACGGCAAUGUCAAGUUGGACAAUGAAUUCAACGAAACCGUAAUAUACUGCAUUGGUUAUUCCAAGAAUAUAGACUAUUUGAACCAUCAUAUUUAUUCCGUCUAUGGAAUUGCUCCGAACGCUGAGGUCAACAGAAAUUUCGAAAUCAUGUCUACGGAAGACCCUGCAUACCCUGACAUCAACAUAUUGACAGCAAUUGUUGUUGCUAUGUCACAUAAUGAUCGUUUUAAUACUGCCAUGAAGGUGGUAAGCAGAUUCCAAGAAAUUUACGAUAUAGAUACUUCAGGUGUGAAGGCCAAAAACUUUUGGCAACAGAUCUUCAAGUGGUGUAACUUGAGUAACAGAUACUCCGAAAAGCUGUCUUUGAAGAUUUUCAGUAAGAUCACUGACGGAUCAAAGUCAAAGACUGCUAGAGCCCAUCUGUCGUUGGAAUCUGCAAAAUCGGAUCCUAACUUCGACUAUGAAGGAUAUUUGGAAUUUGUGAGUCACAUUUCCAACUUGAGAAAAACAUCUUUCGAUCAAUUAUGGGCACUUUAUAACGAAGCCGGCAUUGGGUUUUCGUUCCAGGUGUACAAGACAUACUUGCAAUAUCUCAGAGAAAGUAUAGUCGAAGAUCGUGAACAAAAAUACUACAACUAUUUAAGUGUGUUGCUUAACGAUUACCAAAAGUACAAUGUCAACAAGAAAUCGUUCAACACUAGAAAUGACCCCAACUUCAGAGCCGUGAGUAACAUUGCAGGCACCAUAUACGAUCUCUACAUUGUCGCAAUGAAAAGUUUGAUAGACAUCAAAUGGCAAGCUACCUAUGCUGGUCAAUGUCCUCCUUUAAUAGAGAAAUGGUCUCUUGAUGACAAGAUGAAAAAGGACUUGAAGUUAUGGUUCGAAACCAACAGAUUGCCCAAGUACAAGAGCAUGAUAGAGAAGAAAAGAGAGGAGCACAUGAUCAAGUUAAGGACUGACGAUAAGGAAGAAGACUCGUUCUUGGACUUAAUGUGAUUAAGACUUGUAAAUAUAAAUAUUGCAACAACUAAUAUUCAUCACUAAUUACCUUAUAGAACAAUGAAUGCUAUUCUUGA